GUGAUCCAGUCCGAUCCGUGAUCCGGUCCGAUCCUGAUUUUGUCAACACCGCAUUAUUUCGGUUGUUUUCCUAGGGCUCAAUUAAUUUCAACUUACAAACAGUUAAAUUGGUGUGUCUUUACUCGAGCUGGAAUUUUUCUGUAUUCCUUACAACAGCUGCGACGGAAUGACCUUUUGCCAAAGCCUUUUGAACCAGGGGAAGUCCAGUCCGUCCUGUGGCGCUUAAUACUGCGAGCUUAGGAAACAGUAACUCUGCAGUCGCCAUGUUUGAUUUAGACAACAUACAUGGGUUGUUCUUACAUGAAGUAUACAUCCCUCAUAACACCGGGUCAUUUAUAGCCAUGGCGGUUGAAUUGCUAUUUCCUAAGUUGGCAGUUUUUGGCGCAUCAGGACCAAUGGGUCGUCUUGUGGUACAACAGGCUUUGGCCAAGGGUCAUGUGGUUUGCGCUAUCGUUAGAAGUCCCGAGAAAUUCGACUUGAAGCAUGAAAAGCUUGAAGUCAUUAAAGGGGAUGUAUUCAAUGCAGAAUCACUGGUUCCUAUCCUGGAAGGUAAAGAUGCCGUGUUAUCUUGUCUUGGAGCGCAUGGCACAAGCGUCUUCAAGCACACUACACUGUACUCUGAGUCAAUGAAAGCAAUAUCAUCAGCUAUGAAAAAGACAAACCUAAACAGAUUAGUAUGUGUAACAUCAUGGAGUACUCAGAAGGAACCUGGAUGUCCGAAACUUAUCGAAUGGUUUUUGAAGCCAUUGUUGAUGGCCGGGUUCAUUCACAAUAUGGCACUGAUGGAAAACUUAUUGAUGGAGUCUAACCUCUGCUACACUGUCGUGCGGCCUCCGAUAUUGAGCAACGAUCCAGCCAAGAGCGACUAUAAAGUGAUAGAAGGGCAGUUUGUACCUGGCGCUCCAAUGUUCAUACCAAGAGCUGAUGUCGCAGACUUCAUUUUAUCAUCACUAGACACUCAUGAAUGGGAUAGAAAGUGUGUGGCCAUCGGCAGGAAGUCUUGACACGGGAUUUGACUGAUGAGACGCGUUGCUAAGUGAUUAUUUAACACUUUCAUAAGGAAAACUCAGUGUGAGUCCCAUACAAAGGUGAAACGCAGGAUUAAAAGAUAGAAAGCAAAAUUAUAUUUGUGAAAGAGUACACUGCUUGAACAUUUUCUCGUGAAAUUGUCAGAUAUACGGCCGAAAAUGAAAGUUUGCAUGCCUUGAAAGAAUUGGGUUCCCACGCGUUGCCACUUUGAGAGAACAAAAAGCUGUUGUCGCAUGUGAUGUCAUAAUGUCGACGCUAGGGAAAUUCAUAAGCCCCGAAUUUUGUUUGUCAGUGCCUUUGUUUUCAGUUUCGGCUACAUGUAUAUGUCUGCUUGUAUGUAUCAUAGAUUACUGUAAGCUAAAACAUAGUGUUACAUUACAUUUGUGUCGCUGAAGGACGAGACCAUUGUAAACCAGACUUGGGCGAUGGUCUUUGAAUGACAUGGCACAAAGGAAAUAUUGUAUAUUAGAAAGCUACAAUCAAAAUGAAACACAGCUGAAACAAAUGCUCUUUCGUAGAAUGCACGCUCGUAUACUUGAGUUUGUAUUCAAUAUGAGCAAGAGUGAUGUUUCAAUAAAUUGAGUAUAUCUACGGA